UGCUGGGCUACUGCAGCACACCAUGAGCAGGCUUCAUGGGCAACAAGUCCAAAAUCCUAUCAUGUGUUCACAUGUUACAUAAUACCCGGGGGAUAAACACAUCGGAUGUUUCCAAGGAGCCGGACCUCUGCGAAUAGACAACCAUGGAUUUUAUGACAGAUCGGGAUGUGCAAAAGUACAUGGAGGAUGGAUAUGUGGUUAUGGACGGGCUGCUGACCUCCCAGGAGUGCGAUGAGCUGAGGCAAAGCAUGGCAGAGAUAGUGGACCGGAUGGACGUCCCGGAGCACUGCCACAUCACUUUCUCCACCGAUCACGAUGAGCAGCUCAAAGCACAGAUGCAGGGAAAUGCUGACUAUUUCAUCACAAGUGGAGAUAAGAUCCGCUUUUUCUUUGAGAAAGGAGUUUUUGACGAAAAAGGGGAGUUCAUGGUACCAAAACAGCGCUCACUAAAUAAAGUCGGACAUGCACUACAUGCCUAUGAGCCGCUGUACAAAAAGGUUACACAUUCACCCAAAAUACAGGGCAUAGCAAAGAAGCUGGGUCUUGUAAGCCCUGUGAUACUGCAAAGCAUGUUCAUUUUUAAGCAACCAGGGAUUGGCGGAGAAGUGACGCCACAUCAAGAUGCCACAUUCCUGUACACGGAGCCCCUGGGCCGAGUCAUGGGGCUGUGGAUCGCCCUGGAAGACGCUACUGUUAACAACGGCUGCCUGUGGUUUAUCCCAGGGUCACAUAACAGUGGUAUUUCUCGGCGUAUGGUGCGUACCCCAAAGGGCACCUUUCCCCUGACAGACUUCACAGGCCGAGAGCAGACCUACGAUGACAAGAAGUUUGUCGCUGCACCUGUUAAAAAAGGUGGUGUAGUCCUGAUCCACGGGGAGGUGGUGCAUCGCAGUGCUGAAAACACCUCAGAGGACUCUCGCCAAGUCUACACCUUCCAUCUCAUGGAAAGCCAGGACACCCGCUGGAGCCCUGACAACUGGUUGCAACCCACUGAAGAGCUCCCUUUCCCGUCUCUCUACACUAAAUGAAGGAUGUUUUUUGGCGUUUGG